AUGAAAGCUAUUUUUGUGGCUGGUUUUCUUGUGAGCUUGUGCUAUUCAAUGCCAGCUGAUAUGGCUGAGGUUUUUGGCUUGAAACCGCAUGAGUUGAACAACAUUUGUGAUUUGGGACCGUGCAUCAACAACAUGUGCCCAGCGGCAAAAGGCGUUCAAUAUUGGUGUUGCCCCUACAAUUGGGAAUGUUGCAGGACAAUUCCGAUGAUAAGCGAUGCGGCUCCAGGCACUUGCAUGGAUCGCAGGAACUUUAUGUCAGCUGAAUCGGAUUGUGCGGCGAAGAAACAUUUAUGCAAUGAUCCAAACUAUGUCGAAAUGAUGCGCGUCGAGUGCCCAAAGAGUUGCGGAUUUUGU